AUGCUUCUCCAUGAGUGCUUAUCUGACUUGUUAGACUGGCAACCUCAACUAUGUUUGCUGCCUCAAUUUUGCCACUUUGUUAUAUGGUGUAGCCUUCUCUGUGCUGUAGGAAGUAAUUCAGACAUUCUUGCUUGCAUCCUUCUUCUGUGUUCAUUCAUGGGUUACUUGCGCUCAGCUGGAGGUUAUCACAGGGAAUCAGUCCUUGGUCUCCUAUACAUACAGUUUCUUCCAUAUAAGAGUUUGCUUUUUAAAAUGCCACGUACAUAUAAAUUUUUGGAUAUGGCCAUAACUGUUGAUGUCAUCCUGUUUCUUUGA